AAUAAAUUUCAUGUGUAUAUUUCAGGACAACGUGUAUCGAUCUUAAAGGAUUCUCAAAUUCAUGUUAAGAAGGGUGAAAAAGAAAACCAUGGACCACUAUCGAAUUGUAAGCAUCUGUACGAAAGGAACCUUCAUUUUUCAGAAAGUUUGCAGUUACAUCUAAAUCGAAUGUCUCAUGUCCGACCAAUAUGAAUGUGGUUAUGGAUGUGGAUGUGGCUGCGUCUAUAUAAACGACUAUCAUCUGUAGACUCACAUCCACCUGCAGAGCCACAGGCAUAUCCACAUACACAUGUCUCACGUAUAGCCACCAGAGAUAGGCACAGGACAGGAGUGUCCUGCAGUCCUGUCCUGCAGGAUAGGAUGAAGCAGAAAUUUUCAUCCUACCAUGCCGGUCGCCAGGAUAAACACUGGCAGAAAGACAGAACAGAACGAACAAGCUAGUCCUAUAUCUGAUCUGAUUCUUUGUUAAAUUUUAACAUUUGCCGAAAAAAGUGUGAAUUCAGAAAUGAUUGAUCAUGACGAAAAAUUAGCAGAGAAACAGCAAUUGAUGAUUGUUAUUGUUGCUUUUAUAGUCUGAUUGAUUCCCCAUUUUACUUUAGCAUAUUUUUCAUUUCUGAAUUUACGAAAGAUCCACAAGGACGUUCAAUAUUAAUCUGAGGACAUGACGUCAGGACCGUCCUUCUGUCCUGGUGUCCAGCCCUGUCCUACAGGACGGGAGUCAACUAAAGUUUUUGUCCUCUCCUGCCGCCCGUCAGGACGAAGUAGGACAGCAGGACAGGACAGAAAAAGUUGUCCUAUGCCCAUCUCUGAUACCCACACCGACACUGUAAAUAUGAUUUUUUUUCUAAAAAGAGACUACAAUAUUCAUCAAAAAAAAAAAAAUACUGCAAAAGCAGUGUCUGUAGCGUUUAGAGCAAGUCAUGAAUAGAUAUGCACCAAUACCAAUAGUAAUUUUGAAGUUUUGGAUUUGGUAUGGAAGUAAUGGUUUUGAUAUAGUUUUAAUAUAUGAUGAUAUUGCUUUUGGUUUUGGUGUUAAGGCUCUGAGACAUUGGAAAAAAACCUGAUUUUUAAAGAAUAGAGCCAUGAUGCUUUCUGUAAACUCCAAUAAAUAUCUCUUUGAAAUGCAGUUUUAGUAUAAUAUUAUACAUCGAUCAAAAGCAGAUGUUUUCUAGAAACCAUAAGCGUACAAGAAUUGAAGGUUUUUUUGCGAACUAUUCAUAAUUUGUUCCUGACAGUGCGGUCUGAAAAAUACAUUUUUAAUAAAUUUAGAGAAAAAGCCUCGUUUCAGUCCACGCACAGGUUCCGAAAAGUUGUACUGGUUAUACAGGACAUUUUGUCUCGUUUCGAAUAGACCAAUUGAUUCAAUCAGAUAUCUGUAGUACUCAAAUAAACUUUUUUCAAUAAUUAACAUAUUUAUUACAAUAGUAUCUGACUAAACUUAUUAUUAAGUAAUAAAAAGCACAGAGUCUAGGAUCACAUAAAGUAUGGCGGAAUGUUUGUUAGACUGUGUAAUAUAUUGGUGUUUUUUCGAGAAAUCCUUCAUUAACUGUUGCUCAAUGAUUGAAAAGUGAGGAUAUAUAUAUUGUUAUUCUUUAUCUAUAAUAAGAUAUGUGUAUGCGUGUACAAGUUUUCUUCAAAUAUAUAUGAAAAAGAUAGGUAUAUAUGGAUAAUCGUUCUAAAAUCGUAUUUCCGAAAACAAUGCUUCUUUUUGUAGAAUUUGAUUUAUUGGUUGUCCCAAAAGACCUUUUCACUUAAAGAAAUUAAGUAUCUCCAAGCCAUUAUAGUCUGAAGAGCUCAUUUUUUGCUUGGUGAUAGUUAUGUCCUUGAAGUUUUGAUGAUUAUGAAUGAAAAUUAUAAAUAAUGUUCCAUUGUGUUAUGUCUGAUCAAAAUACAAAAACUCGAGCUUUUCUGGUUUUCCAAGAAAAACUCCUAUUCUUAUAUUAUUUGAUUUUUCUGAAUUCUUUUAGUUUUACAAUAAUUAACAUCAACCGCUAUGGUUCAAUGCUUUUUUCACUUAUGUUGCUGAAUUUGAGUUAACUGAACCUUUCUGAUUAGAACAUCUGCAGGAAAACCAUCGAAACCACAGUGCAUCAUGUCAAUCAUUGGAAAACUACGCAAAUCUAGAAUAAUCAAAUAAUAUUAAAAUAUGAGAUCUUUUUUGGAUAAACAAAAAAGCUUGAAUCUCUGUAGUUUGAUCAAACAUAAGAUAUUUGAACACUAUUUAUAAUUUUCAUUCAUAACCAUAGAAACUUCAAGGACAUAUCUAACGAUGUGCAAAAAAAUGAGCUCUUCAAAGUGGAACGGAACGGAAAUACUUAACUUUUUUUAAGUAAAAGGGACUUUUAGGACACCCGGUAUAUAUGCUAGACCUAAAGAAAAAAAAUCUUCCACGUAACGCUGUGUCAAUUCGUUUUGGUGCAUGACUACUCAUGAACUCUUUUCAAGAUAUUUCUAACUUGCUAGAAUCUGCACGAUACAUAGUGUCUCAGCUGAAAAACCUCUAGUAAGAAAGUCUAGUCGUUUUCUCUGAUUGUGGAAUUAGUUCUUCAAGAUGAAAAGGAUGAUAUAUUCAAUAAGAUAUGUUAAGAAACAUUGACUAUGUAUUAGAUUUAGCCGAUACAAACUUAAACGAAACGAGUUACUAUUAUGUUGUAAAUCAUUUUCGAUCAUAUCAAUUAUUCACUAUUUUUUUUCUAAAUAUUUUUAAUUGAACAGCUGCUGCUACACUUCAACAUUUAUUCUAUGAUGCUGCUUGUUUUGUGUUAAAAACCGCUGAUGCAGAAAAUGUAACAUUUGCUAAAACCAAAGGUGUAUGGUCAAUACGGCCAUCCAUUGAACAGAAAUUAAAUCGAGCUUUUCGAGAUCAUCGAAGCGCAAUUUUAUUUGUUUCUGUUAACCAAAGCGGAGCGUUUCAAGGUUUUGCUCGCAUGUCUUCUAAAUCUCGACGUACAACAGAACGAAUUCCUUGGAUUCUUCCAACAGGCAUAGUUACCGGUGCUUUUUCAAGUGUUUUUGAUAUUGAUUGGAUCACUUGGUAUGUAAUUAUCUUGUUCUCUAUGAUAAAAAUCUUUUCACUGAUUUCACAGGAUGUGUAGAAAUGUUUUUUCAGGGGUAACUCUGUUAUUUUAACCCUUCGACGGUGUCGUGGGGUCCAAGUGGACCCACUUGACAGUUUUUCGUGUAAUACAACGUUUCCAUUUGGUGUUUCAGAUCAGUCCUAUUCUCUAAUCUCUAGUCUUGGGUAGCUGCAUUAUAUGCAGACGAGAAAUUAUAUAUGGGUCUAAGCAGGAAAAAAUACAGGUAUGGGUCUAGUUGAACCCUAGAACAGCCACUGUGUUAUAUACGUCAUUUUUCGUCUUACUGUGCCUUCCAUCUGUUGCCUUCCUAUUGUUUUUCCGAAUAUAUUUAUAAUGAGUCAUUUUAUGUUCAUGAUUAAUAGUAAUCAUCAUAUUUUUUCCCUAUACGGUGAGAAAUCUAUGAUUGUGAUAAAAAAACCAAGUUUUUACUGUUUUUAAUUAUAAAAAAGAAAGAUAACAAUAAAAAUAAAUAAAGAAAAGAACUUUUGGUCCCCUUAUUUAUAGAAAAUUGUAUCUGUGCACAUGCCAUAGUAUAUCUAAUGUUCUAGGCUAAAGUGAUUGAGUAAACAGUUUUGGACUUAUAUAUGAAUAUUGUUAUAAAAACACUUUCAGACAAGUUUUUUUCAGUAUUGUUUAUCUUUAUAUGGUUUCCAGGAAAGCUAAUGCAUAAAUGUUCAUAAGCAGAAUAUGUGAACACUUCUAGUACACAAAUGCAUUGCUUAAAUAAAACAAAAGUAUUGAUUUUCUCAAAUUUUCUAUACACGAGUCCAGGCGGACCCUAGGACACCGAUGAAGUUAUAAAAUGAGGACACCGUCGAAGGGUUAAAUGAAGUCAAUAACGAAUUUUAUACCAAAUUAAAGCGUCUGGCACGUGAGAUUUACCAAUAUUAAAUAGUAAGAGUUAUGGAAACUUUUCAAUGUCGAAUUCAUGAAAUUGUUAGAAUUUGAAGCCAUAUUGGAAAGGAAACAUUUCUUGCAUGUAUCAUUUCAAGCUAGAUCUGAUUUUAAAUGAUGAAUAUAACAAUAUAACUUGUAUUUUCUAGGCUUUGAUGAAUACAAUCAGUAAUCCGUAUGAGAACCAGUAGCGUUCUUUACAGCAUGAACAUGAGACGUAAACCAAUAUAAAAGAGUUUGAGAUAACUCAAUAUUUGUUUCCAUGUUUGUCAAAAUACCCGAAAUAGGUUUUUCUGAGUUUCUUCAUGAUAGCGUUUAUCUUCCGUCUAUGAUAACAUUUUUUUCAACUGAAUUUUUGGUUUAUGGUUCCAAUAUUUCCAGGCUAGCUGUGGAUUACUUUGUGAUAUUCAUCAUUUAAAUUCAGAUCUAGCUUGAACAGACUCAUGCAAGAAAUUUUUCCUUGCUAAUAUGACGUCAGAUUCUAACAAUUUCAUGCAUUCGACGUUCAAAACAUACCAUAAUUCUUACUAUUUAAUACUAUUAAAGUCCAUUCUUGACGUGCUUUAAUUUGGUAUAAAAUUUGUUAUUGAUGCCAUUCAAAAUAACAGUGUUAUCCUCUGGAAAAACAUUUUUACACAUUCUGUACAUUGGAUUCAAACGAAUAUUUUAUUUCC